AUGACAAGGGAGUCCUGCAGGACCCGUCUCUCGUGCGCAUGGUCCUCAUGAUGCACCCGUGGUACAUCUCAUCUACUGACCUUACCAGGAAACUGCUCCUCAAAGGAGAAUGUUGCAGUUGAAUUGCAGACAAAAAUCUGUCACCUGGUCCGGUACUGGAUCUCUGAAUUUCCUGCUGAAUUCAAUUUGAACCCAGAGCUAGCAGAGCAGAUCAAAGGCCUCAAGGAUCUGCUGACCAGCGAGGGCAAUGAGUGCCAGAGUGAUCUGAUUGACAUUGAGAAUGUAAGGCGAUGCUGAGCAGCAAGAUGCUGUCAGGUUCCAAAUUUCUAAGACCGCAGUACAUGAGAACAAUGUGAAGCAGGAGACAUUUAGGAAGGACCGGAGACCAGCCAGCUAAAAGGCGGAUGUGACAGUCCAAUGGCAGGGAUGACAGUUAACUUAGCCAACAGUUUCUCAUGAAUCGAAGGAUGACAUCAAGUGACCUUCCAAAGGAAUGGGAAACGCAGCAAAAAAAAAACAAACAAGAAUGCAGGUGUGGAAGGUUGGAUGUCUUUUGUGUCUGCAGAACUCUUACUUCCUUCUCUAUUACUCCCCCAGGUCUCUUUUUCCUGACAGCAAAUUAUUUAGCUGGUCAAGUUAUCCUUUUUUCGUGGUCCACCACCAUUCUUCACCUUCUCACUUCAGACCACCGCAGUGUUCUUCUUAAGGGUUAUUUUCAUAUUAUACCACAGGACCUAUAUUGGAGAACCAGAUGUGUUGUCAUAAUUGAGUGAAGUAAUGAACAUAAGAAUCUUGCCUGUAGUUGUUGUACUCUCCUUUUGGUACUAUUUUCAUCAGCAUUGUGCCCAUAGGAAAUUUAUGUGUUUGUGGAAUUAAUUUAAUUCAAGUGCAGAUUUAUCUUGUCUUAUAUAACUGGAUGUCUUGAAACUAUUUACUUCGACAGUGUUUUUUCGGUAAAGUUUUAUUAAUCGUGUUCCCUUUUCCCCAAAUGAUCCAUUCCAACUUUUAUUAGCACCCUAAGACCAGUGCCAGGUCCCCACACCCGCACUAAAGAAUAUUAUCAUAAGUGGUUACAUAAGAAAUUUGCAAACGAGAGUAGGCCAUUUGGCUACGAUAAGGACAAGGAUUUCUGAAACAGUGAUGUAAAGGUUGGCUAAUAAUAUCCAUCAUCUCUUCAUCAAAGACUCCAUAGUCAAGGAUUAACUAAUAUAUAUUUAAGCUCAGAAAACCAAUUUUUAAGCAAUGAUUAUUUGACUAUUUUAGACUAGGGUCUACUCCUGUCUUUAAACUAAACCCUGUCUGGGAAACCUCUCCUAUGUGUUUCUGCUCUAAAUGCACCCGGAAUAUGUUCUCAAUUUCCACAUUGUCUCAGUGUUGUGUGGGUUUCAGUUUGUGGGCAGUUCAGUUCCCUGCAGACUGAUCUCUCUUCACUCGCCUGAAGUGGGUUUGUGUGUGCGCUCUGCGUUGGAUUGACAUGCCACUCAUGGUGUCUCAUGUGCUUUCUUGAGUAGACCACAGACCUAUUGCAUCAAAAACAGUAAUGAAAAAUGGAUGGAUAGAUUCCUCAUUAAAUAUGCAAUUACUCAGCCCUGCAGAGCAUUCUAACGUGUGGCUUAUCCGCCCAUCCUUUGAAUGGAAGCGACAAGUGACACGUCGUGUUACCUCUGUCUCCAAGAAGAGGAAGAUGUCGCUUCUCUUUGAUCACCUGGACUCCUUUGAACUUGCUGAGCACCUCACCUACUUGGAGUAUAAAUCUUUCUGCAAGAUCUUGUUCCAGGACUACCACAGCUUUGUGAUGCAUGGCUGCACUGUGGACAACCCCAUUCUGGAGCGAUUCAUCACGCUCUUCAACAGCGUGUCUCAGUGGAUCCAGCUCAUGGUCCUUAGCAAGCCCACACCUCCACAGAGAGCCGCUGUGUUCACUCAUUUCAUCGGUGUCGCUCAGAAACUGCUGCAGCUGCAGAACUUCAACACUUUGAUGGCUGUAGUAGGGGGACUGAGUAACAGCUCCAUCUCCAGACUUAAAGAUACUCAGGCACACAUAAGCAGUGAGACUAAUAAGGCUUUCAACAGCCUGACAGAGUUGGUGACAUCUUGUGGGAACUACAGUCAGUACAGGCGCCGCUUCUCAGAAUGUUCCGGAUUUCGCUUCCCCAUCCUCGGAGUGCACCUUAAAGACCUGAUUGCAGUGCAUGUGGCUCUACCAGACUGGACUGAUCCGGAGAAAACCAGAGUGAAUCUGACCAAAACACAACAGCUUUAUGUCAUUCUCCAGGAGUUGGCACUGGUCCAAACCCUGCCUCCCAGCACUGAAGCCAACGCUGACCUUCUUAACCUGCUGACGGUAUCUCUGGAUCAGUACCAUACUGAAGAGGAAAUCUAUCAGUUGUCUUUACAGAGAGAACCUCGCAGCACAAAGUCAGCAGAAUCUGCGCCAAGCUGUUAUUCUGCCUCCAAUCCAUCAGUGAUUAAUGAGUGGGCAUCAGCAGUGAAGCCUAAAGCAGACCCAGCCAUUAUCACCAAGCACAUUGAGAAGAUGGUGGAGUCAGUGUUUAACAAUUUCGACACAAAUGGGGAUGGCUACAUUUCCCAGGAGGAAUUCAAGAUCAUAAGGAACAACUUUCCAUAUCUCAGCAAGUUUGGUGAACUGGACCAGAAUCACGAUGGCAGAAUCAGCAGAGAGGAGAUGGUGAAUUACUUCAUGAAAGGCAGCUCUCUGCUCAACUGCAAAAUGGGCUUCAUCCACACCUUCCUGGAGACCACCUAUGUUAAGCCAACCUUCUGUGAGCACUGUGCUGGCUUUAUAUGGGGAUUUUACAAACAGGGAUACAAGUGUAAAGUGUGUGGUGUGAAUUGUCACAAAGCCUGCCGCAGCUGCCUGGCAGUGGAGUGCCGCAAGAGAGCCAGAAGCAUGAGCCAGGAUACGCUGCCCGCCCGGCAGGCUCGCUCAUACAGCCUCCCCGUUCAGGGCCUGCCCUCUAAUAGGCUACAAGACACUGACAUUGCAGAGGAGGACAUUGAGUCUCUUAAGGAAGACGUCCUUAGUGUUCAUCUAUAACCAGUGUGACAACUGCCAUGAAAGUACCUCAUCAAAGGACAGAGGAGUCGGGGGUUGGAACCACCAGUCAAAACUGAAGCAGAUGGAAUCUGCAUUUAUAUCUGUGUGCCAUCUUGUGGAAGUAAACUGCAAGUACACAUACUGUAUGAAAAUUCUUACAUUUCCUUUCUAAAAAAGACCAUGGUUAUGUCAUGCUUUUUGACAAAUAUGUGUGUGUGUCUGUGCGUGUGUCUGUGUAUGUGUGUGCGUGAUUCAUCAUUUGGUAAUUUUUUUUGUACGCAUUUUCAGUUAAUACUUUAACGCAAGCAUUAAAUUAAAUUAAUUGGUGUGAAGGAAACAGGCUUAGCAUUUACAUAAUUUUGAUAAACAAUCACUUUAAAGUAUUAUUCUGUUCACUUUGAGAGAUAACCCCUUUCUUAUUAAAAUGUAUGGGUCUGUCUGAUAUACUAUAGUACUUCUCAAGAUGCAUGUACUAAGUGCUUUCCGGUGCUGUCUCUGAGUGGAAGGCUAACUCCCCGACUCCCCACCCCCCAUACUCACAGUUCAUUUUUAUUUCACGUACUUUAUGAACUGCAUGAUUGUACAAAUUUCUGAAUUUCUAAUUUCGUUUCAACUUGCUCUUGCAAAAACAGUGCUUUGUCUUACAGCCCACAAAUGUACUCAUUUUAUUUAGUAUAAAAGUUAAGCUUUUUAUUAAGAAUUCAGUGUGAGGCUUGUUCCAUUGUAGCAAAAAUGAUCAUUUUCACAAGUUCAUUUACCAUGAUUUGCAAGGCCAGCACCUAUAGAUAUACUGUUCUCUUUGGUUUCCAUAAUGGUAUGCAGCACAUUUUCUUGGAUGUACAGCAUUUUCUACAUUAUGAUCUGCUUUCACAGAUGUCUUUUUGAAAAUUUGUGAUUAUAUUCAAAAUGCAUCAUCUCCAUUACCAAUCGCUUAAAUAUUUAAGGGUCGAGUUAUUUAAUAGUAAGGCCAUUAAAUAACUUUCAGAAAGAUUGUUUAAUUUAUGUUUAAAAUGUCAGAAUUUCCUUAUUUCCGCUGUGUUUUGUGCAUUCAGUUAAAUCAUUUUCUUGCUUUACACCAGUUUUUAAAAUUCAUGUUUAGCUUUUUAUAAGAGAAAAAAGAACAGUACCGUGGAUAUAGAGAGUGUGCACAUCCUUGUUAAAAUGGCAGGUUUUCGUCAUGUAAAAAAAUGAGACCAGGAUAAAUCAUUUUAGAACUUUUCCCUUUUUUAAAAUAUAUUUUUCUUCCUAACGGAUUUUUUGUUUUCCAAUUGUACAGGUUAUAGGUCAUAUUAAAGUUGGGGAAAAAAAAGUUUUUAAAUGAUUUAUCGUGGGUUUAUUUUUUACAUCACGAAAGCCUGACCUUUUAAAAGGGUGCUUACACUUUUUUUUAGUGGAAAAAUUUGUCCUGCAGGAAAGCAGACAAUGAGCAUAGAUUGACAUUGACUCCAGGUCAUGAACUGGUGUAAAAAUGUUUUUCUUUAGUUGAUAUUUUAGUAGUUUUGUCCUGUUUCAAGUGUCGUAUGACUUUACUUUUAAACAAGUAACUGACUGAAUACCUUAAUGCUUGUGCGCACCACAUCAUUUAUUCCUCCAAACAAGCACCAUUCUAUAAUAGGGUGAGGAACCACAUGGCUGCACCUUGAUGGCUAUGUGCCAUUUUUAUUUAUUUAUUUUCCUUUUUUAAGCAUUUUGUAUUUGUAUUUUUCCUAAUGGUCUCUCAGUCACUUAUCAAACAAAUAAACCCAACCAUGCUGAA